CACAAUCUGCACCUGCCAGGAGAAGCUCUCUCUCUCUCUCUCUCUUUCUCUCUCAUUCUUCUCUCUCCCUCUCUGACUCUUCCUUCGCAUCUCUCUCCAUCGCGACCACCAGAGAUGCCCCCAGAAGCGACCGGAAACGUGGCUGCUCUUUCCCCCCCCUCCGAAGCGUCUCCGGCGCCCCAGUUUUCUUGCUUUUCCUUGCCCUGAAGCGGAGCCUCGCAGCAAAGCGGUCUGCUGAGGAGCGUGGAUUGUUUCUGCACCGGAUUUUUCCUCUUCACCCCUCCCUCACCCGCCUUCUCUCCGCCGGGCUUUGCGCGCCUGGGUUGGGACAGCAAACCUGCAAGGGGGCGAAAAAGGGACCCCGGUUUCUAGGGGUUCGAAGGAGCCGACCGGGUCCAGUCCGGCUCGCCCGCAAGAGCCAAGGAAGACAGAACCGAGAAUCGCCUUCUGGCUACAGACCUGGGUCCUUUUCCAAGAGGAUCCCCCCCAAUCUAUUGUUGAUUUUUUUGGGGGGGGGGUCACACACCUGGAAGGAAGAGAAGAGGCUUUUCCCGAGAGGACCCCGAGAUACUGUGGAUGGGGGGCUGCUCUCCCCCCUAUUUUCCGACCGCCUUUUCUCUCCCCCCCCCUCCUCCUCCUCCUCCCCUUCCGCCGCUUUGGAUGCAGCUGACUUUUCCGGAGUGAUUCUCUGAUCGUGCAUCAGAUCCUCCUUCGCAAGCCGCCGGGGUCCCAAGGCUGGCUCGGCGUUGGGGGUUGGGGUUGGGGGUUGGGGUUGGGGGGUGGGGAGGGGGUCACGUCCGAUACCCGCCUCCCCUUUUCAGGGGGCAGGCUUCCGGCGGCGGGGGCGGGGUAGGGCGGGGAGGGGGGCGCAGCCGGGAUCCCUCGCUGAAUUGAGCCGGGGCGCCGCGAUGAGUUUCUGCUAAAGGCUGGGGGGCGCUGGUUGCCCUCCGUCGCUUUGUGGAUUGGAGGGACUCGAUCCUGCAAGCUGCCGUUCCCCUGAAGCGCGCGGGGUGGGGAGGAGAAGUGGGGGGUGUCUUUCUUUUGCAAUUUUUUUCCCUGCAUUUAAUUUUUGCCUUUUGCAAUUUGGGGCGGGGGGGGGGGUCAAUUUUGGAUAGAUCCGAGCUUCUCCUUUGAAUUUUUUUUUUGGGGGGGGGGCAAUUUUGGACAGAUCCGAGCGUCUCCUUUGAAAACCCCUCUUGGAAGCGGGGGAGAGAGACGAGGCUGGCGCGUCCCUUGAUGGGGCCAGGCGGGGGCACCGGGCGCCCUGAUUUUCCCCCGUAAUUCGGUGUAUUGUUUUUUUCUCUCGCCUGCCGCUCGCCCCCCGCGGCUGCCGCCCCCCGGCGCCGCCUGCUCGCCUUCCCCCCCGCCUCGUGAACAUUUCACCUCGCCUCCCCCCGCCCCCCCCCCCCGCCAGAUCUCGCCUUUCUCCCCUCGGCCACGGGCGGCCUCCGUCUCCCCGCCGAGCCCCGACGAUGCUGCUGGUGCGCCGGUUCCGGGUGCUGAUCCUGCUGGUGUUCCUGCUGGCCUGCACCCUCCACAUCAUGAUCGACCUCCUGCCCAAGCUGGAGCGGCGCGCCGAGGCGGCGGGAGCGGGAGCGGAGGCGGCGGCGGCGGCGGGCGGUCCCGGAGGCGCUUCGGCCGGCUGCUCGUGCUCGCACUCCAAGGCUCCGGCGGCCGCCGAGGGGCAGGACUGGGCGAAGGCGGCCCGGGGGGGCUCGGAGGCGGCGGCGGCGGCCGCCACCCCCGGCUGGCCCAGCAAGCACACGCUGCGCAUCCUGCAGGACUUCAGCAGCGAGCCCAACGCCAACCUGAGCGCGCCGUCCGGGGAGAAGGGCGCCAAGGAGCCGCCCGGCGCCCGCAAGACGCUCAUGCCCGACGCUGGAGGAGGAGGAGGAGGAGGAGGAGGAGGAAGAGAAGCAGGCCUGGGCGGCCACAGGCCCUCCGGGGCCGGCCUGCAGCGCCCUCAAGCCGGCCAGGGCUCCAAGCUGGCCACCCUCUUCCAGCAGCCGCUCUACCGCCUGGCCGGGCCCCCCCUGGGCGACCACGACGUCCUGUUCAAUGUCAACAGCGACAUCCGCUUCAACCCCAAGGCGGCCGAGAACCAGGAGCAGCAAAACGAAGGCCACGAGGACGAAGAAUUCUUACCCACCGGAGAAGCGGCCAUCGAUUCCUACCCAAACUGGCUCAAAUUCCACAUUGGCGUGAAUCGAUACGAACUGUACUCCAGACACAACCCGGCGAUCGAAGCCCUGCUGCAGGACCUGGCGACUCAAAAAAUCACGAGCGUCGCAAUGAAAUCGGGAGGCACGCAACUGAAACUCAUCAUGACCUUUCAAAACUACGGACAAGCCUUGUUUAAGCCGAUGAAACAGACGAGAGAGCAGGAAACGCCCCCAGACUUCUUUUACUUCUCAGACUACGAAAGGCAUAAUGCCGAAAUAGCCGCAUUCCAUCUGGACAGAAUCUUGGAUUUUCGCCGUGUCCCGCCAGUUGCCGGCAGAUUGGUUAACAUGACCAGGGAAAUUCGCGAUGUUACUCGAGACAAGAAGCUAUGGAGGACAUUUUUCAUCUCUCCAGCCAACAACAUCUGUUUCUACGGGGAGUGUUCCUACUACUGCUCAACGGAGCAUGCCCUUUGCGGGAAGCCAGACCAGAUCGAAGGCUCCCUGGCCGCCUUUCUGCCAGACCUGUCUUUAGCUAAACGGAAAACCUGGAGGAAUCCGUGGAGACGUUCCUACCACAAACGCAAGAAAGCUGAAUGGGAGGUUGAUCCAGACUAUUGCGAAGAGGUGAAACAAACCCCACCGUACGACACCGGAACCCGAAUUUUGGAUAUAAUGGAUAUGACCAUUUUUGAUUUUCUCAUGGGCAACAUGGAUCGACACCAUUACGAAACGUUUGAGAAGUUCGGAAAUGAAACGUUUAUCAUCCACUUAGACAACGGACGAGGGUUUGGUAAAUAUUCCCACGAUGAGCUCUCCAUCUUGGUGCCUCUGAACCAGUGUUGCAGAAUACGGAAAUCUACCUAUCUGCGACUACAGUUGCUAGCCAAGGAGGAAUUCAAACUCAGUCACCUGAUGGAAGAAUCUUUGAUGAAAGACAAAAUUGCCCCCAUUUUGUUCACGCUGCACCUCGAAGCUAUGGACCGAAGGCUUCGGAUCGUGCUUAAGACUAUCAGUGACUGUAUAGAAAAAGACGGGUACGAUAACGUGGUGGAAACGGACUUUGUCACCGACGUGAACACUAUUAUGACCAAGAGGUAGUGAAAUUACAGGACCACAUUUUUACCAGCUCUGUAGAAAAUUCAGAAGAAAUGCAAAAGAAACAAAACAGUCUUGCCAAAGACUGUGUCCUGUGUCCGCCACUCUGUGAAUUCAGUGAAUUCAGAAAUGUGAUAUUAAUUGUUCUGCAAGUAGCUAAGGGAUAGACUUUGUGAACUAUGAGGUUGCGGGUGGGACCUUACACCCUCUGGGGUGCGUCCAACCUGCCGGACCAAGUUGGGGGGUCAUUGGGGAAGCCCUGUGUUUUCAGCCGAGGUGGCCCCCAAAGGGCUUCACGGUUGCCAUGGCCUUCACGAAGCCUUGCGUCCCCUUGGCCCCAAAAGUUUUCCCUCCAGUUGCACAUUAUAGCACUGGGUUGUCGUGAGUGGAGCUUCUGGCAAACCCUGCCACACUGUGAUGUCGUCGCCAUUCCUCAGGUGGACGAGUUUGUGGCCAAACUCUCCAAACAGUUACACACAGAGAGAGACAAAUGGUGCCCGGCUGGAGUUUCACCACCAACUUUGGGAAGGGCUUACGAGACAUCAACAUGGACAGGACUGGAUCAGGCAACUAUGAAACAACACGGAUUGUCGUGCUUUUAAAUCAGUUCCCGAUGCAAGGUUUGGAAGACGUUUUGAGACUGCUAAAUGUUUAACACUGGCCUGCUGGCAAAUGGCGCCGGUUUCGGUUUUGUACAGAAAGCAGAUCUUUAUUUAAUAUUUUGUAUUUAUAUAUGAAAUAACAAUGGGGGGGGGGGAAUGCAAACCUACCUAACCAAAUUCUUUUUAAAAAGAGGAAUAGGGUCAUUUACGUGGCUCACAAUAUAUUCUAGAGGAAAAUCCAUAUAGAGCUAGUCUACACUGUUAUAACCCUUCCGGGACUGUAUCGUUACAGAAUCUCGGCCAGGGGGGGACGGAGGAACAACUGGCAGAAUAUUCAGGGACUGCCAAAUAAUACACGUGUAGAAAAUUAGCAUGUCAAAGCAGAAGCUGGCCUUGAAUUAUUGCAUUUGACAUGCUAGUUUUUGGUAGGGAUGCGUUUGAAAUUCCCCUGAGGAAUCGAUCCUCAUAUUUCAGAGGUCCAAAUUACUUGGUUUUGUGGAGCCAAUACGUUAGGAACUAUCCAUUGUUUCUGUUUGUUUAUUUUGUUGAAUGUACUAUGGAGUGCUGUGCCUGCAUGGAUUACUGCCUCUUUCAGUUUGUGCACAUCGUUUUUUUUACCUAUAACGUGCAUUGCUAAAACAUCACACUCAAACAAACAACAAAGCAACGGUGAUACCUUUCGAUAUACAAAGGCACUAAGAUUGUUUCGACGCAGCAUUAAACCAGAUACACAGGUCCGCAUGCAGACUUUCGUAAAGCACUACUCACAAGGAAUCAUGAUGCAGUCAGGCCUGUGGUUGUGGCAAGAUUGCUUUGUUUGCAUUGUUUUACCAAUGUAUUGGUGCAACGCCAAAGAGGGUGAAACCAUAUCCAAAUGCCUCAGCAAAUUAAUUUCGCUCCAGAAUUAAUUUGGGAGGCUGUUCUUAGUUUAAAAUCAUACUUGAGGUAGAGUGGAAUGCACUAUAAAGAGAAAAUAAAGAGACAGGGCAAGGGAAAGUGUGCUUAUGUGUAGUUUUCAAGCAAGUUUGUGAAAGGGAGGAAACAUUCAGCACCCGGGACAGUUCUGAACAGAGGCGAAUCAUGAUCAUUACCUUAUUGUGCACAUCUUCAACGUCAUGUUUUCUGUUAACCUUCAAGUUAUCUCUUCCUCAAUGUCUAAUUUAAAUUGCUUCUCCUCCACACACACUGACUUAGUGUAAAGACGUCUCCAAACUCUUUCUUCCAAGCAAAAGCCGGAGGGGGGAAAACCAGACAGGCGCACAGAAAAUUACCAGCGAACCUAGUCAGAAUUAGAGUUCUGAUGGUUCGUGCAUCGAUGGGGAAAUACUUGAAUGUGGUUUUGCAAAGUGAUGUAAAAUAAACGACAAAUUGUACUAUUUAUCGAGAAGGAAGAUUCCGCUCUUAUCUUUCUAGACAGCCGUAGCGCGGCUGCCGUUUUCCUGACUUUGCUUUUGAUAGUUUUUGUGUAAAUAUAUACAUAUAACAAGUUUUAAAGAAAAUCGGAGGGGGGAGGGAGAGAAAAAAUAGCUGCGUUCGGCAGCGAUAGAUUUUACUUUUGCAGCCUUUUUUUCUCCUCUGUGGAUUCGUUUGCAAUGUGGUCCCAGUGCAAUAAAGAUAUGGCAAAAUGUGUAA